UUCCAGAGUUGGCCAGACUUCACAGGCUAAAAAGAUAAAAUGGGCACUCCAUAUCUUUUAUGAACAUCCCAAAGCGUAGGAGAAGUGAUCUGACACAGUAUAAGCUCACACCACAGCUGCUAUUAGCUGUUCUUGCUUUUUGUUACUGGACCUGAAAUAAGGGCUUUUAUUACUUCGCAUAACCAUUCGAAGUGGAAUAACGGCUGUUGCUGCAUUGUAAAUAGGAAUUCUUUUUCUCACCGUGCAGGAAAUUAACAGCUUAAAGGACACUUUAUAAGAGGAGUGUUUUUUUUAAAGAAGGAAUUAGCAUGUUCCUGUUUCUUCAGAAGAAUAUUAAAUGAAUUAAAGAAAAACAAUCUAUUGUAAAAUAACUCAUAUGGUUAUAGAGCACGAGGAAAUAUUUUCUGCAUUGGAAAUUUUGAGCAAGUGUUCAGAAGUGAAAGUUGGAAGCAGUUCUUUCACAGCAGGUAUGGAUUUAUCAGAAUGUAGCUACUGUACAAAGUUUAUACUUGGAUAAUUUGGGACAGAACCUCCUUUUUUUUUAACUUGGACCUUCUGAAGAGGCUAUCAUCAUUCAAGUUGCAGCAUAAUGAAUGAUUUCCAUCAUGUGGAGCUGAAGUUACUAGCUUUGACUACUAUGCUAUACAGAAGAGUUUGUAAGAAAUACAAGGAAAUCAAUUUCUGAUAAGGGCUUACACAAAACAAAAGAGACUCUUCAUGCACAGACUUUGUUUGAAGAACAAAAUAGAAGUCUCAUUCCUGCAUCGUGACAGGAAGUUGAAGCUUUUCUUCUCCACAACCUGGUGUGCUUAUGUACCAUGAUAAACCUUUGUUGGAAUGUUCACUGAAUACGGUGGAACUAGUCAUAAAGCAUUUACUACCAACAACAAUCACUUGAGUAAACACAGUCAAGGAAGACUAGCUGCAUGGAAUAAACCAUAAGACUCCAGAAGUCAUUCUCCUCAGUAAAAAAUUUAUGUUUAUUGGAUUUCUGCAAGCAGAAAGUUUACUCAUCCUUUUAAAUAAGGUUGUUGAAGACCAGAAAACUAGACUGUGUACAAAUCUCAUUGUUCCUGACCAUGAUCAGUGUAACUUGGAAUAUCUUCCUAAUUUGGACUAAGAUAGGGCUGUUGCUUAAAAUGGCACCUCAUUCUGUCAGUGCCAAAUCAUGCCCAUCGGUGUGUCGCUGUGAUGCAGGUUUCAUUUAUUGUAAUGAUCGUGAAUUGACAUCAAUUCCUACAGGAAUUCCACAGGAUGCUACCACCCUCUACCUUCAGAACAAUCAAAUAAAUAAUGCUGGGAUUCCUUCAGACCUGAAAAACUUGCUUAGGGUAGAGAGAAUAUAUUUGUAUCACAACAGUUUAGAUGAAUUCCCUACCAAUCUCCCUAAGUAUGUUAAAGAACUGCAUUUGCAGGAAAAUAAUAUAAGGACCAUUACUUAUGAUUCACUUUCACAAAUUCCUUAUCUGGAAGAAUUGCAUUUGGAUGAUAAUUCAGUUUCUGCUGUUAGUAUUGAAGAUGGAGCUUUCCGGGACAACAUCUAUCUCAGACUACUUUUUCUCUCUCGAAAUCACCUUAGCACCAUUCCCUGGGGUUUGCCUAAAACGAUAGAAGAGCUACGCUUGGAUGAUAAUCGUAUUUCCACAAUUUCAGAGGUGUCCCUUCAAGAUCUUACAAAUCUAAAACGUCUUGUUUUAGAUGGAAAUCUUUUAAACAAUCACGGAUUAGGAGACAAAGUCUUCAUAAAUCUAGUCAAUCUAACAGAACUGUCAUUGAUCCGCAAUUCCCUUACAGCUGCUCCCAUAAAUUUGCCAGGCACAAACCUAAGAAAGCUUUAUCUUCAAGAAAAUCAUAUAAAUCGUGUACCACCUAAUGCUUUCUCUGACCUAAGGCAGUUGUAUCGACUAGAUAUGUCCAAUAACAAUCUAAGCAAUUUACCUCAGAGUAUCUUUGAUGACCUGGACAACAUAACUCAAUUGUUUCUUCGUAACAAUCCAUGGUACUGUGGAUGCAAAAUGAAAUGGGUCCGUGACUGGCUUCAAUCAUUGCCUUUAAAAGUUAACGUACGUGGACUAAUGUGUCAAGCACCAGAGAAAGUGCGUGGAAUGGCUAUCAAGGACCUCAGCACAGAGCUAUUUGAUUGUAAGGAUGAUAAUACUGUAAGCACCAUCCAAAUUACUACUGCAAUACCAAACACCUUAUACCCUGCCCAAGGGCACUGGCCAGUUUCUGUGACCAAACAGUCAGACAUAAAGACUCCCCAUCUGAACAGAAACUAUAGAACCACAGCAAGUCCAGUACGGAAAAUCAUUACAAUCAUUGUGAAAUCUGUAAGCACCGAGAGCAUUCAUAUUUCUUGGAAAGUUGCACUACCAAUGACUGCUUUAAGACUGAGCUGGCUAAAAAUGGGUCACAGCCCUGCCUUUGGAUCUAUAACUGAAACAAUAGUUACAGGAGAUAGGAGUGACUACCUACUUACAGCCCUUGAGCCAGAGUCACCAUACCGUGUAUGUAUGGUUCCCAUGGAAACCAGCAACAUCUAUCUGUCUGAUGAAACCCCUGUUUGUAUAGAGACUGAAACAGCGCCUCUUAAAAUGUACAAUCCUACAACAACCCUAAACCGAGAGCAAGAGAAAGAACCUUACAAAAAUUCUAAUUUACCUUUGGCUGCCAUCAUAGGUGGUGUGGUGGCACUAGUAGCUAUAGCACUGCUUGCGUUAGUGUGCUGGUAUGUCCACAGAAAUGGAUCCUUGUUUUCAAGGAACUGUGCAUACAGCAAAGGACGGAGGAGAAAAGAUGAUUAUGCUGAAGCUGGAACUAAGAAGGACAACUCCAUCCUAGAAAUCAGGGAGACUUCUUUUCAGAUGAUACCAAUAAAUAAUGACCAAGUGUCCAAGGAGGAGUUUGUAAUACAUACCAUAUUCCCACCUAAUGGAAUCAAUCUGUAUAAAAACAACCACAGUGAAAGCAGCAGUAACAGAAGCUACAGAGACAGUGGUAUACCAGAUUCAGAUCAUUCACAUUCAUGAUACUGAAGGAAAUAAUGGACAGGAAAGAGUGACUAUAAAGGUUGAUGUUCUACUGCAAAACACUGGAUUAAAAGACUGAAAAAGCAAUGUACUGUACAUUUGCCAUAUAAUUUAUAUUUAAGAACUUUUUAUUAAAAGUUUCCAAUUUCAGGUUACUCCUGCAAUUAAUGCAGUGGGGAUACCUGACCACAAUUCUCUAUUUUAGUACUUUUUAGUAAUUUGUACUGUAUUUUCCUUGCUAAUAUUGAAGUUACAGCCCAUUUAACUUUUGUGUUCUACUGAGUAAGAUGACUUGUUGACUGUGAAAGUGAAUUUUCUUGCUGUGUUGAACAAUCAGGACUUUGCAUUCAUUUAAGAUCCUUGUAAGUAUAAGCACAGGCCAUUUUUCACUUUGGUAUUAAUAAAAUAUUAAACCUGGCAGACAGAGGAGAUGAAAAAGCGGUUGCAAAAAUUCUUAAAACUAUAAUGUUGGGUCUAUUAACUCUGUAAGCCACGACAAUACUCAAUAAACAAAAAUGUGCGUGGUAAUGGGCAAUAUCAGCUGUCUGGAUAUAUCCAUUUUAACAACAGUGAAAUGAAUUUUUAUAAGCCAAUUUGUCAUCUGCAUGAAACUGAAGCUGUUGACAUGAAAGCGAAAGUUUGAGACUUGGCAGUUAAUGAAACUCCUCACAAGGCUCCAAGAAUACACUACCACCACAAACCAAAGGGCACAUUUAAUUUCUAUUUCUCAAAAAUCUGGAAGUCUAUAUAUUAUGGAGAACAUGAUGAUAGCUGAUUAUAGGCAUUUGGGGGGAAAUUUUAGUACCUGCACCUGAACAGAAAAUAUGCUAAUAGUUCCACACAUUAGAAAACAUAUCAUUAUGAACAAGACUAAAAUAAGGCUUCAACCAGUUUUGAGACAUGAUGGUAAAUGGUUAAUUGUACAAUUGCUAAAUAUGGAAAUAAAGUUCUUACUUCUAAAGCAUAUAAAAAAACACAGACUACAAGUGUAUUAAAUAUACUUAGGACUUGGCAGAAUUUGAUUUUUUUUAUAAUUUCAACAGAAAAUAUCAGUUUAUUUUUUAACAUUUUUUCAAUUUAUAUCUAUUUAAAUUUUCACAGUUGUGCAAAAUUAUGGAUUCGAAGCAUUUUUAUGAUUUUUAUUCAUUUAAAUUUUCAUGGUUCCAGGAAAUUUUAGGGUGUGUGUCAAACAAUGGGGGCGCCGAGGGGUCAGACAAUUAUUUAAUGACUUUAGACAUUCAGAUUUAAACAUUUAAAUAUACAGAGUACAAUAUCCUUAAAUCAAAUUCUAUUAAGUUCUCAAGCAGCAUUUUUCUUACUUUGCCUGUCUGUAAAUUUUGAUGAUCAUCAAUGGCAAUAUUUUUCAUCCGUUUGUGUACGGCCAAAUCAACAUUUAACGACAUUUACCAAUAAAAUACAAAUCCUUCCAAUCCUAAUCCUUCCAAACCUAAAUAUACUUCCACUACAGUCAGGAAUACUGCCCAUUAUUGUCACAAAUUUCCACAAACAAUAAUAAAUUUGUAAGAUCACAAUUCCUAUUGAAUUGUGAAGUAUUUAAUGUUUUAAACCCACGCCACUCUUUUUUGUUGCCAUAAUCAUUUAUUUUUGCAAAUGAAAACCAAAGUGCAUUGUACGCCCUUUGGCCAGUCUUGUAUGUGCCUUGAUCCAAUGCUAUGUGUAUUCAGCUUUUAAAAAUAAAUUGGUAACAAUUUUUUCAUACAUACUUAAGUAUGAAAAACAUUGGUCUUAUUGCUGAAUAAAAUGUAAAAAUAAGUACAGAACAAUGUGUUUUGCUUUUCCUAACUGAUGUGCAAAAAAAGCAGUUAAAGAAUUACAAAUGUAGGCUGUGCACUAGUAACAAAUCCAAUACG